AUGGAGGCACCAAUGGAACCAAUCAUCAGGAACUAUCGCGACCACUUCACUCCGGGCGGGGCAGCUCGCUUGAUAAAUCUGGACGACAACCCACCUACCACGACGCUGAGCUAUUCCCACAUUCAGCCGGGUGAGACCAGCAGCCACCAUAUCCAUCCCUGGGAGCACGAAGUGUUCAUCAUCAAGGGUUCGGGGACCCUGGUCUGUGAUGGCGUGAACUAUCCGGUCAAGGCCGGCGAUGCCAUGUUCAUUCCAGGUAACGUGGACCAUUACACUCUCAAUGACGGGGGCGAGGGCGAUAUCCAGCGAAUCGAAAUAAAAUCCAUUGCUGGCAUCCCAGAGUGGCGGCGCUCGGAAUAA